CUAACAUCUAACUCCCGGUCGCCAGUCGCGAAGGCACCAGAGCGCCAAGCAUCUCCUUCCAGGCCCUCAAUGCUUCAUUCUGUACAGAUAAUCUGUACCUACUCAUGCAGGCAAGCGUCCAGACCAUUUGGUUACUUGGACGCACCGGGGGAUGAGGGUGCUACUACGACCCGUCAGAACACGACCCGUCGUUAAGCUCGUUAGGCACCUGUCCCGUGCGGCUGCGACUGCGAUGGCCCUGACGUUCCCCAUCUAUCCACCUGCACGCUAUGCAGGACAAAGUGAGCCUGUGAAGCGGCCAAAGGAAAUCGCCUGCUUUUCAUAUGACAAGGAACAUAACUUCCGCCAGGACGACUCGUCCCUAAAAUGGUACUAUCCGCCUGAGAUCCCCGCAAACCUGUCAGAGGGACUCGACAAGUUCGUCCAACACGACGAUCGCAUAGACGAACAUCUCGACAGCCUGCUUAAAACGAUUGCGAGCCAUGAGCGGAAAACGGGCGAGCCGAUCGAUGCACACAUCGUCACCUGGCGAGGCAUGAUGACCAAGAUCAUGGCCACACCUUUUGACGACCAGGCGUUUGAGAUGAAUGCUACGCUUUAUCGUGACUGCAUCUUCAUCGAAGAGAACCAUGCCUUCAAGGAGCAGCAACGAGCCUUCGAAAAAAACCGUAGAGGGAAGAACGGAAUACCAUCUUCGGAGAUGCAAUACUGGGGCUACAAAUUUGAGACUCUCAGUACACUACCACGCCCUUGGGGUGAAACGUCAAGAGAGUAUAUCGAAAAUCGAGGCAAGGAGAUCGUCAACAACAAGGAGCAGUACUGUUCGGUAGUUCGCACAGGUUUCGGAAAGACAAUAGUUUGCCUCGGAGGAGAGGUCGACGCGAUUUGGGACGCGAAGCCUGAAACCCCUGGAGAUCCGAUCAACUGGGUAGAGCUCAAGACAAGCGCAGAGAUCACUUCCUACAACGACCAGUUCGUCUUCGAUAGGAAACUCAUGAAAUUCUGGAUCCAAUCCUUCCUCCUUGGCGUGCCUAAGAUCAUAGUGGGCUUCCGAUCGAAGAACGGCAUGCUCACGAGUGUCGAGGAGUUUCAGACCAUGAACAUACCAUAUGCUGUCCAGCGCAGAGGAAUGGCCAAGUGGGAUGGGAACGUUUGCAUCAAGUUUGCCGCCCUCUUCCUUGAAUGUAAGACAUACCCCUUGUCACCCUACCGACUAUAUCAAAGAACGCUGACCGCCGGUGCCCAGGGCUCCGUAUGACCAUCAGCGAC